CCCAUUUAGCAUUGCCGAUUGUCUGAGUCUCCCUCCCUGUCCGAUCACUCCUUCUUUACUUCUUCUGCAAGCUGCAGCUAUGACUGCAUCAUAUCUUCCAGCGACAACAGACUCAAUUGCUCUGGCUUCAAAAGCUGAGGACCCUUUUGAGGCCAUUUCCAUCCUACACAAAAUACUUGAAAACCCUUCUUCUUCUCCGGAUGCUAUUCGCAUAAAGGAACAGGCUAUUACCAUUCUAUCGGACCUUUUCACACAACAUAACAUGGCUGAGGAUCUUCACGCUCUUCUCUCUCAGUUGAGGCCUUUCUUUGCCGUGAUCCCAAAGGCUAAAACUGCCAAAAUCGUCAGGGGAAUAAUCGACUCUGUUUCCAAAAUACCUGGAACAUCUGAUGUCCAAAUUGCUCUUUGCAAAGAACUAGUGCUGUGGGCUCGUGCCGAAAAGCGUGCUCUCCUGAGGCAGCGGGUUGAGACAAGGCUUGCAGCUCUUUUAGUGGAAACUAAGGAGUAUUCGGAGGCACUGGCCCUGCUUACCAACUUGGUAAAAGAGGUAAAGGGAGUGGAUGACAAGCGACUUCUUGUGGAAAUACUCUUGCUUGAGAGUAAGCUACACUAUUUGUUGAAGGACCGUCACAAGGCGAGAACUGCUCUCACAGCUGCUAAGAAAGCUGCGAAUGCUGUCUAUAUGCCACCAACUCAACAAGGUGCCAUUGAUUUGCAUAGUGGGAUUCUCUUUGCUGAGGACAAGGAGUAUACAACAGCUUAUAGCUAUUUCUUUGAAGCAUUUGAGGCAUUUAAUGUUGUUGAAGACCCAAGGGCAAUUUUCAGUCUUAAAUACAUGCUAUUGUGCAAGAUCAUGACGAACCAAUCUAAAGAUGUUGCUGGGCUGAUUUCUUCUAAGGCAGGCCUUAAAUAUUUUGGGCCAGAACUGAAUGUCAUGAAAGCAGUCGCCGAUGCUCAUUCCAACCGAUCUUUGAGGUCCUUUGAAAAGGUGCUGCGGGAUUACAGGUAUCAGCUGGAGACAGACCCAACUAUCUACAAUCAUCUCUCAUCCCGUUAUGAAGCUCUUGUGGAACUAAACCUGUGUAGAUAUAUUGAGCCUUUCUCAAGGGUCGAGAUUCCACACGUUGCUGGGCUGAUUGAUUUGCCUGUUGACUUUGUGGAGAAAAAGCUGGCACGAAUGAUUCUGGACAGGAAGUUUGUUGGGAUACUGGACCAAGGUGCUGGACAUAUCAUAAUAUUUGAUGAACCCAAGAAGGAUGCUCUCCUCCCUGCAGCUCUGAAAACCAUCUCCAGCAUUGGCAAGGUUGUGGACAGCCUUUUUGUCAAAUCUUCCAAGAUUGUGCACUGAAGUGAUUUGCAUUGCUUGAGUGCUGCAUGUUGAUUUCCAUUUCCAGUCCUUUUGUUAAAAAAUAGCCUGUAGACACUUGACAGUGUUUUGGUUCCAAACUCAUGUUCCUGAAUUCCUUUGCUAGUUAACGGUUGGCUGAUGUUACAAUUGGUA